CCCUCCCUUGGAGAUUAGCUGUAGAUUAGCUGAACAGUAAUCCCAACCAGCACAUGGCACGUCACAGUCUGAAAGUGUGUGUAAGCACUUUCUGUCCAUAGAUGUGUUAUUUUCUGUUGUGAGAGCACGAUGGCCAACAUCUAUACACUAAGGUAAACUGAACUUUUGCAUAUUAUGUUCUGUGUAGCACUGCAUGCUGUGUUAAUUCAGUGGUGUGGUACAGAUGAUGACAAUUGUUUAAACUGGCAAUGGAAAGAACUCACUUUUUUAUUAAGGGAUGGACAGCCACAAAAGCCUAUAUGAUAUAUUUAUGUUGGAAUCCUUUUUAAGAAUAGUUUUAGAUGUAGUUUUAGGCUGUAAAAUUUACUGUAUUCUACUGUACAAGACUGCUCAUUUUCCAUCAUCAUCUUGUGUUAGGGCAUUUUUCUUUGGCCAGUGGUCUUCCAUGGUAAGACUUGAUGGCAAAACAGUUAUUAUUACAGGAGCCAACACUGGCAUUGGCAAAGAAACCACAAGAGAUUUAGCAAAAAGAGGGGCCAGGAUCAUCAUGGCUUGCAGAGAUAUUGCCAAAGCUGAAGCAGCGCAGAGAGAGAUUGUUGCAGAGUCAGGCAACCAAAACGUUAUAAUCAGGAAACUAGAUUUGGCGGACACCAAAUCAAUCAGAGAAUUUGCAGAAGUGAUAAACAAUGAGGAGAAGCAAUUACAUAUUCUAAUAAACAACGCUGGAGUCAUGAUGUGCCCCUAUUCUAAGACAGCAGAUGGCUUUGAGAUGCAAUUUGGAGUCAAUCAUUUGGGCCACUUCCUUCUAACUUUCCUGCUGAUUGAUUUGCUGAAAAAGUCUGCCCCGUCAAGAAUCAUCAUCGUGUCCUCCAUGGCUCAUAGCUGGGGCACAAUUAAACUGGAUGACAUCAACAGUGAGAGGAGUUACCACAGCAGGAGGGCGUAUGGACAGAGCAAGCUAGCGAAUAUCCUCUGCACGCGAUCCCUGGCCAAAAGACUUAAAGACACAGGAGUGACAGUAUAUGCUGUCCACCCAGGCAUCGUUCGCACUGAACUAAAGAGACACAUGAACCUUGGGCUCCUUUGCAUGUGGAAAAUGGUCAGGCCUUUCACUAAGACAGCAGUGCAGGGGGCUCAGACUUUAAUCUACUGUGCUGUAGAGCCAGCCCUCGACUCACACAGUGGUGGCUAUUACAGCAAUUGUAGACCAUCAAGUUGCACAAGAGCUGCUAGAGAUGAUGAAAUGGCACAGAAGCUGUGGGACCUCAGUUGCCAGAUGCUUGGCAUGAACUGGGAAUGAAUGCAAAAAAUAUUUGACAUACACACACUGACCACUUUAUUAGGAACACCUGUACAUCUGCUUAGGCAUGCAGUUGUCCAAUCAGCCAAUCAUGGGGCAGCAGCACAAUGCAUAAAAGACAUAAAGACCAAGCAUCAUUUUCCAAUCUUUAACAGUCCAGUUUCAGUGAGCCUGUGCCUACUAUAGCCUCAGAUUCCUGUACUUUCUGGCUGACAGGGGUGGAACCAGAUGUGGUCUUCUCCUGUUGUAGCCCACCUGCCUCAAGGUUCAGCAUGUUGUGCAUUCUGAGAUGCUUUUCUGCUCACCACAGUUGAGUGGUUAUUUGAGUUAUCAUAGGCUUCCUGUCAUCUCAAACCAGUCUGGCCAUUGUCCUCUGACCUCUCACCUCAACAAGGCCUUUCCACUGACAGAACUGUCUCUCACCCGAUGUUUUUCGUAGGUUGUUAUAUGUGAAAAUCCCAGAUCAGCAGUUUUUGAAAUAUAGGCUACAUUGUAUAAUUGUACUAUCAAUGUAGUAUAUAGUAUCAGUAUUGGUGAAUCCUGAUUUUCCUAAUUUUUUCCUCAAGUAUUUGAAGCUCAGCACGUUAUAUUUCUUUAGAGUGUUUUUUUAUUAUUAUUAUUUUUUCUUUUAUCUGAGGCCACAGUUACAUUUUUAAUAAAAUAUAUCUGGCUUGAUUCACAUUCAUUUGUGAAGUCAAUCCAUCAUUGUAAUUGUGAUGAAAUGAAUGAAUGAAUGAAUGAAUGAAUGACCCCAAUUAAUAUUUGCUACAGGGGUGGCAUGACAGCUUUUUGAUGGUUCAUGGUUAGGGCAAAAAGACAUAGCUUUUGCCAUUUUUUUGGGACUAUUACUGACAUUUUUUCCUAGUUACCUCAUUAAAAGGCACUGACACAUUCCUGAUUCCUGUGUGAUGUUGGCAUUGAUACAUGCAUUGAGGAGAGAGGUCAGGAUUGUAGCAUGUAACUCGCACUUGCAUUGUUUUGUGAUGGAAAUUCCUGUGGUAACUACCAAAUGUUAAACUUUUAUCAGAUAAAACAGAACCAUUUAGCCAUGUGUUUGGCAAUAAUUGAUAGGAGCUAAACAUUCACAGAAGGGCACAAGAGAAGACUGUGUAUGUGUGUAAUGCGGGGAUGAUUUUAAUAAAAGGUUUAUGGUAUAUUGCUGCAGCACUGUUCCUGGAAUAGGCUCUGGAUAGACUUUGACCCUAACCAGGAUAAAUCGCUUACUGAAGAUGAAUGAUUAAAUGUAACAAAAUCUGAAGCUGUUUCUACAGGAAAGACAAAGAAAAACACUGCAGAAAAUGAUAUUCUAAUAGUGAGACAAACCAGUUACUGUAUAAAAUGUUCCAAUUACAGUCUUUAUGGCCAUGUAUUGUUUUUCAGACAAUCUAGGUCCAUUUAUGAAAGAACAAUUUUUUUUAUUCCCAAAAGAUUUUUUCAAUCAGAUUUGUGUCACUUGAUCACAACACACUAAGUACUCUGUACUUAACAUGUCUGUUUG